AUGUCAGCCGUCCGAAACAAAAUCGCCGAAAUUCGAAGAGAAGAAAACCUUGGAACGGCUUCAUCGGAAAUGAAGGUGAAAGAUGUGGACAGGUGGAUUGGCGAUAUGGGUCGAGACCUUGAUCUACAAAGCUUGUUGAGGCCAACGCUGAGGGAUCAGGAGAUUAUCAAUCAGGUUGGCAAUGAAGAAGGUGACUCAAAACUGUUUUACUAA